AUGACAAUCGGAGACGAAAUUCAGAAGAAAAUUACAAAAGAAGGCAAAAAGUGUGGGGAAAUAAAUUUCAGGUUAGAAGACGUCACAGUCGUUGUACUAACAUUAGGGUUCAGAUGGUAUAUGGGAUUCGGGAACAGAGGGGUCAUUAGCGAUAAAUGGUCUUCAAGAAUUCUUUGGAUAAGCGCAAUUGGAACUGCAAUUGGCUUUUAUAUGGUUGCUGUUGAAAGGCAAACUCAGAAUAGGGCAAAGAUGAUGGCCGAAGCUUUGGGAGAUGCAGGAUCAGGUGGAGAGGAAACUGGAUCAUAA